AUGCUCCACGAAGUAUUAUACAAGCAUUUAGACGGCAUUUUAGUCUCACGUUUGUAUACUGAGGAUCAGUUUGUUGAUCUAUUUUCUAGAACGAUACCGGAAUCCAACACUGUGAUCGCGUCACAGUUAUACAAAAGUUAUGAAGAGAAUGAUCAACGGAUCAUUGAAAAAAUAGAUAAACUCAUCGACAACAAGCUGUCUUUGAUAAGAGUUGAGCUCGAACGGGAACAAAUUGAAGACUCCAUUUCUCUCGAGGAAGUAAAUAAACUAUUGCAUAGCAUUGAUGAUAUGUUGCAGCAGCAUUUAAAUCAAUUAAACAUUGAACUAGAUAAUAAAAAUACAAAACUUUUGAAAUAUGCAAUGGAACUCAGUGACAUUGAAGCAAUAGAUACUUCCAUGUACGAUAAUGUUGCAAAAUUAAUAACGGACAUGGAAACCAACCAACCUUCUAGUUGA